AGGGGGCUGCAUAUCGCUGCUGUAUCCUCUGCUCGGCGCUCUCCGGCUCCUCACCAAGCCUCUCCAGCUCAUCUCCCACAGCCCAUGCUUUGGGGCUCUCUCUCUCAGCCCCCUCCCCACUGGAUCCGUACCCUUCGACAUGGAUGUCCCGCCGUCCCUCGACCCGGAGGAUUGUUGUUUCUUGGCGCAGUGAAGGAGGAGAAGGAGACGGUGGAAGGGAUCAUGCCGGGACUGCUAAUGGAUUUAGGGAGAGCGCAAGUGACCAUGCCGUGAUCUUGCGCAUCCAGGGCCGCCGUCACCCUGCCUUGCCCAGCGACCGGAGAAGAAUUACGGGGGAAUCGAACCCGCGCACCGGGGGGGUUUAAACCGCUGUGCAUUCUUUUUUUUUUCCCACAACAACAUGAAGAUUACCUCCCAUCAUCUGAUGAUAACCAGUCUCGUUUUCAGGUCCAACCUCAGGCUGAUCCCGCUUCUGCUGCUGCUGCUUCUUGGAUACACUCGCGGGAUGCCACACGUUUUGAGAUUCGGAGGAAUAUUUGAAUCCAUCGAGAGCGGCCCCUCCGGAGCAGAGGAACUCGCCUUCAAAUUUGCCUUGAACACAAUCAACAGGAACCGCACCUUGCUCCCUAACACCACGCUGACCUAUGACAUCCAGAGAAUCAACAUCUUCGACAGCUUCGAGGCCUCGAGGAAAGCAUGUGACCAGCUCUCCCUCGGGGUGGCGGCCAUUUUUGGCCCCUCGCACAGCUCGUCGGCCAAUGCAGUCCAAUCCAUCUGCAACGCUCUGGGCGUGCCCCACAUCCAGACCCGGUGGAAGCACCAGGUGUCGGACAACAGGGACUCGUACUACGUCAGCCUGUACCCCGACUUCUCGUCCCUCAGCAGGGCCAUCCUGGACCUGGUGCACUUCUUCAAGUGGAGGACGGUCACUGUUGUCUAUGAUGACAGCACAGGUCUCAUUCGACUGCAGGAGCUGAUCAAGGCGCCGUCACGAUACAACAUCCGUUUGAAGAUCCGACAGCUGCCCACCGAGACCAAGGACGCCAAGCCCCUCCUGAAGGAGAUGAAGAAAGCCAAGGAGUUCCACGUCAUCUUUGAUUGUGGCCAUGAGAUGGCUGCCUGGAUCCUGAAGCAGGCCCUCGCCAUGGGUAUGAUGACAGAGUACUACCAUUAUAUUUUUACUACCCUGGACCUGUACGCCCUGGACAUGGAGCCGUAUCGUUUCAGCGGCGUCAACAUGACUGGGUUCCGCAUCCUGAACACGGAGAGCUCUCAGGUGACGUCCAUCAUCGAGAAGUGGUCAAUGGAGCGGCUGCAGGCCCCCCCCAAACCGGACUCUGGCCUGCUGGAUGGAUUCAUGACGACGGACGCGGCGCUGAUGUACGACGCCGUGCACGUGGUGGCGGUGGCGGUGCAGCAGUCGCAGCAGAUCACCGUCAGCUCUCUGCAGUGCAACCGCCACAAGCCUUGGCGCUUCGGCGGGCGUUUCAUCAGCCUCAUCAAAGAGGCUCACUGGGACGGCUUGACGGGACGUGUUCUCUUCAACAAGAGCAACGGGCUGAGAACGGAUUUCGACCUGGACGUGAUCAGUCUGAAGGAGGAAGGGCUGGAAAAGAUCGGAACGUGGGAUCCUCCCAGUGGCCUGAAUAUGACAGACAGUCACAGGAGCAGGACGACCAACAUCACCGACUCUCUGGCCAACAAAUCCCUGCGUGUAUCCACGAUACUGGAGGAGCCGUACGUGAUGUUUAAGAAGUCGGACAAGCCCCUGUAUGGGAACGACCGCUUCGAGGGCUACUGCAUCGACCUGCUGAGGGAGCUCUCCACCAUCCUGGGUUUCCGCUAUGAGCUGCGAUUGGUGGAGGACGGGAAGUUCGGCGCCCUGGACGAGAGCACGGGCCAAUGGAACGGCAUGGUGCGGGAGCUCAUAGACCACAAAGUCGACCUGGCAGUGGCUCCUCUGGCCAUCACCUACAUCCGGGAGAAGGUCAUCGACUUCUCCAAGCCCUACAUGACGCUGGGGAUAAGUAUCCUGUACCGCAAGGCCAACGGCACCAACCCCGGGGUCUUUUCCUUCCUCAACCCCCUCUCACCCGAUAUCUGGAUGUAUAUUCUGCUGGCUUGCUUGGGUGUCAGUUGUGUGCUGUUUGUCAUAGCCAGGUUUAGCCCUUACGAGUGGUACAACCCGCACCCCUGCAACCCCGACUCAGACGUCGUGGAAAACAAUUUUACGCUGCUCAAUAGUUUCUGGUUUGGAGUUGGGGCUCUCAUGCAGCAAGGAUCAGAGCUCAUGCCCAAGGCCCUCUCGACUCGAAUAGUGGGAGGCAUCUGGUGGUUCUUCACCCUCAUCAUCAUUUCCUCGUACACGGCCAACCUGGCGGCCUUCCUCACCGUGGAGAGGAUGGAGUCGCCCAUCGACUCGGCCGACGACCUGGCCAAACAAACUAAGAUCCUGUACGGCGUGGUGGAGGACGGCGCCACGAUGACCUUCUUCAAGAAGACGAAAAUCUCCACCUACGACAAGAUGUGGGAGUUCAUGAACAGCCGGAGACAGUUCGUGGUGGUGAAGGACGUGGAGGAGGGAAUCCAACGCGCCCUGACCUCGGACUACGCCUUCCUCAUGGAGUCCACCACCAUCGAGUUUGUCACGCAGCGCAACUGCAACCUCACGCAGAUCGGGGGCCUCAUAGACUCCAAGGCCUACGGAGUGGGGACGCCGAUGGGCUCUCCGUACAGAGACAAGAUCACUAUAGCCAUUUUGCAGCUGCAGGAGGAAGGGAAGCUGCACAUGAUGAAGGAGAAGUGGUGGAGGGGGAACGGCUGUCCUGAAGAGGAGAGCAAAGAGGCCAGCGCUCUGGGGGUGCAGAACAUCGGAGGGAUCUUCAUCGUGCUGGCGGCCGGCCUGGUGCUGUCAGUGUUCGUGGCUGUGGGGGAGGUCCUCUACAAGUCCAAACAGAACGCCCAGCUGGAGAAGCGGUCGUUCUGCAGCGCCAUGAUGGACGAGCUCCGCGUGUCUCUGAAGUGCAAACGCCGGCUCAAACAAAAGCCUCAGCCGCCCGCCAUCGUUAAGACCGAGGAGGUCAUCAACAUGCACACGUUCAACGACAGGAGACUCCCGGGGAAGGAAACCAUGGCGUGAAGCGCCGAACGCACCCCCCCGGAACACCCCGCCCCCCUCCCUCCUCCCCAGUAAAACCAACAAGAGGACAGGGGGACACUGGGAGACAUUAAUGCUGACUUAUCCCCAAACUGAAGUUAGUGGUCCAAAAAAAAACAACAGGAUUCCUUUUGAACCCACUCGCUUACGUAGACGGAUGUUUCCUGUGGAAAUAUAGAAACCUGAGCAGUGUCACCUCACUGUGACGUUCACUACUUUGAAAAAGGACGGACUCUUGGGGGGAGGGGGGGUUGUUGUGCCGAUGACGUGUGUAUUAUUGAAACCAAGUCCAAGUACGUUUGGGAUAAAAAAAGAAAAAAAACAUAAGUGUGAACACACACACGUAACACAUGUAUGCACACACAUAUGCACACACACUCAUCUGACACCUGUGCAGAAGGGGAAAGUCUAUCGUGAGAGUAACACCCGAUGUAGUUUUUUUUUUUGUUGAUGUCAAUGCCCUUUUGUCUUACCUCCAUGUGAGUGUGUGUGUGAACCCCCCCCCCCCCCCCCCCCUUCGUUAACUCCCUUCAGUGGCUUGAGUUCCUUUCUAAUGAUUUUGAUCAAAAACGCUAAUCUCACACCAACAGCAGGGGGCGGUAGACUGACCCGAGCGGUUUGCUGACGUGGGACCGAUGUAUAAAAGUGAUGUUUAGUUCGGAUUCAUCUACGCCGACCUUGUUGACCACCCAUCGUUUUCUUCUGUAACGCCUUUCUCGUGCCAAAGGUCUGCCAUCGUGUAAGAACCUCCCAUCACGCCGCCUUCUAUGUUCCGAAGCCUCCAAAAGAAAAACGUACACUGUCAAAGUCCUCAUCCGUGUCCUUCCGUGUCCACGCCCGGCCUGCGGUUCUCACUCUGUAUCGGUUGUUGUUUAAAAUGCAGUAUUUCUACAAAAAAAUGUUUUUUUUUUGUACAACAACAAGAGGUUUUGUAGGACUUUGUAUCAUGGUAGCCCCUCCCCCCCAUGGAUAAGAUAUGUAGCAGAUACCAACUCAGCCAUCAAACUCUGCUGUGUAGGGUUCAUCUCUGUCUCUCAUCGCUCAGAGAGUCGGGCCUUGUCUUUCCGUCGGUCUCGUGGAGACAGCGAUCAGUGUCUGGGGACAAAGUGGUGGAUUUUGCCGGGUGUGUAAGAACAAUGAGACCGUAAACGAAGGUGGUGACUCAUCCUACAAAUUGCAACUGUCAGCACAGUCCGAGCGCGGCUAACUGACAGCUAGCUGUGGUGAGUCAGAGUAGAGUUUAGCUUGUAGGUACUGGGCCAUGGUGUUGCUGUCACGCUGCAUUUUAGCCUCAGGAAACUGAAAAAGACAAAAAAAUGAGAUGAGAUUUUCUUUUGUUUUUGUAUCUUACCAUUUUAGAUUAGUGAAUAUAAUAUAAUAAAAAAAUAUAUGAUAAUACAACACACUGUUCCCUACACUGGGUUUUCUGAGGUCAUAGGUGAUGAUGAAAUAUCAGCCGCCAGUAUUUUUUAAAUAUAAAUGGCUCCUCUGGUCACGCCCCCAAAAUCUCAUGAAAACUAUUUGAGUAUUAUUUUGUUAAUCCUGCUAAAUAACAAACAAACAACUACAUUUGAUAUUGAUUCAUACAAACCAGGACAUGUAACAGUGAAUCAACCUGUAGACGUUCUUUGAGGAAAACAAACAUAGUCUAAACCACCUCAGACUUUUAUUGCAGUUUCUUGUCACUUAUCAUUCCAGAGUAUCUGCUCUAAAUUAAGAUUGGCCUGACCACAUCAUCAGAGAAGCUCUAUUAAUAAUUGAUUAUAAUGAUAAGAGUGUGCUGUUCAGUUAGGGGUAUGAAUAAGGCCAUCAAAAAAAUGUUAUUCCAAUUCUGCAUCACUAUCUGGAGGUAAAGAAUAAAGACUGAUGGGUCGACUUGAAUAAAGAAGUUUAAAAAAAAAAGGAAAAUGGUUUUAAAUAAUCUCAUAUUUUUCACUUAUCUCAGAAACCUUUCCUUUAGGACUCGAUGAUGGACAGAAAUGACGUGAGAAGAUGUCUGUACUUACGCCACACGGUCUGUUGAGGGGCUCUCCUGGAGCUUUCUGUCGUUUCACCCGGUCAUCAUCAGGACCAUUUGAGACGUGUUAACCUUUUUUCAGUGUUACAGUUUUUCUGUGUAUUUAUAAAAGUCUCUCAGACAGAGGCUGAAAUUAAAAAUAGAAAUUCUGAACCUGAACAUGAGCAGCAAUUUGUCUCCUUCAAGCCAACGUGAGAUGAGAACUCUGACCAUUGGCUGAUGACGAUCGUGUCAUAGGACCAGCAGCUCCAGUUUGGCCGCUUAACGAACCCUGUGGUGAUAUCGUUUUUUAUUUGUAA